AUGGGGCUGCGAGCCGGGCGCCUGCCGUCCCCGAGCCCGGGCGUCCUGCAGCUGCUGCGGCUGCCACUGUUUUUGCUGUUCUUGCUGAGCUCCGGCGCCCGCGGGGCUGAGGCGCAGGGAGACGCCGAGGUGCCCACCCUCUAUCUGUGGAAGACUGGUCCCUGGGGACGGUGUAUGGGAGAUGACUGUGGACCAGGCGGCAUCCAAACCCGGGCUGUGUGGUGCGCUCAUGUGGAAGGCUGGACAACGCUGCAUACGAACUGUAAGCAGGCUGGGAGACCGAGUAACCAGCAGAACUGUUUUAGGGUGUGUGACUGGCACAAAGAGUUGUACGACUGGAAGCUGGGACCCUGGAAUCAGUGUCAGCCUGUGGUUUCCAAAAGCCUGGAGAAAACUCGAGAAUGUGUGAAGGGAGAGGAAGGCAUCCAGGUGAGAGAGAUAACCUGCAUCCAGAAGGACAAGGACAUUCCCGCAGAGGACAUCAUCUGCGAGUACUUUGAGCCCAAGCCCCUCCUGGAACAGGCCUGCCUCAUCCCUUGCCAGCAAGACUGCAUCGUGUCUGAGUUCUCGGCCUGGACCGAGUGCUCCAGGACCUGUGGCAGCGGCCUGCAGCACCGCACUAGACACGUGGUUGCACCGCCCCAGUUUGGAGGCUCCAGCUGUCCCAACCUCACUGAGUUCCAGGUGUGCCAGUCCAACCCCUGCGAGGCAGAGGAGAGCAUGUAUAGUUUGCAGGUGGGGCCCUGGAGUGCAUGCUCAGUGUCACACUCACGGCAAACCAGGCAAGCCAGGCGUCGUGGCAAGAACAAAGAGCGGGAGAGGGAGAGAGGCAAAGUGGUGAAGGACCCCGAGGCCCGUGAACUCAUCAAAAAAAAGAGAAACAGAAACCGACAAAACAGACAGGAGAACAGAUACUGGGACAUCCAGAUUGGGUAUCAGACCAGGGAUGUGAUGUGCACGAACAAGACUGGGAAAGCCGCGGAUCUCAGCUUCUGCCAGCAAGAGAAACUGCCCAUGACCUUCCAGUCCUGUGUGAUUACCAAGGAGUGCCAGGUGUCUGAGUGGUCGGAAUGGAGCCCAUGUUCAAAAACAUGCCACGACAUCACAUCCCCUGCAGGCACUCGUGUAAGGACAAGGACUAUCAAGCAGUUUCCAAUUGGAACUGAAAAGGAAUGUCCAGAACUUGAGGAGAAAGAACCCUGUUUGUCUCAGGGGGAUGGAGCUGUCCUCUGUGCUACGUACGGCUGGAGAACUGCAGAGUGGACAGAGUGUCAUGUGGACCCUUUGCUCAGUCAGCAGGACAAGAGGCGUGCCAAUCAGACAGCCCUCUGUGGAGGUGGCAUCCAGACCCGCGAAGUAUACUGCACACAAACCAACGACAACCCGCUCUCCCACUUAGAUACACAAAAGGACAAAGAAGCUUCAAAACCAGUGGACUCAAAAUUAUGCAGUGGCCCUGUUCCUAGCACCGUGCAGCUGUGUCACAUUCCUUGUCCAGUUGAAUGUGAGGUUUCACCUUGGUCUGCCUGGGGACCUUGUACUUAUGAAAACUGUAAUGACCAACAAGGGAGGAAAGGAUUCAAGCUAAGGAAGCGGCGCAUUACGAAUGAGCCCACUGGAGGUUCUGGGGCAACUGGAAACUGCCCUCACUUACUGGAAGCCAUUCCCUGUGAAGAGCCAUCCUGCUAUGACUGGAAAGCAGUGAGACUUGGAGACUGUGAACCAGAUAAUGGAAAAGACUGUGGGCCUGGCACUCAAGUUCAGGAGGUCGUAUGCAUCAACAGUGAUGGAGAAGAAGUGGACAGACAGCUAUGCAGAGAUGCCAUCUUUCCCAUUCCUGUGGCCUGCGAUGCCCCAUGCCCAAAGGACUGUGUGCUCACGGCAUGGUCCACAUGGUCCUCCUGUUCGCACACCUGCUCAGGGAAAACCACAGAAGGGAAACAGAUCCGAGCUCGGUCCAUUCUGGCCUAUGCAGGUGAUGAAGGUGGAAUCCGCUGCCCCAACAGCAGUGCUUUGCAAGAGGUGCGCAGCUGCAACGAGCAUCCUUGCACUGUGUACCACUGGCAAACUGGUCCCUGGGGUCAGUGUGUAGAGGAUACAUCAGUGUCAUCCUUCAAUACGACUACAACAUGGAACGGGGAGGCCUCGUGUUCUGUGGGCAUGCAGACACGAAAAGUCAUCUGUGUGCGAGUCAACGUGGGCCAAGUGGGACCCAAGAAGUGUCCUGAAAGCCUUCGGCCCGAAACAGUGAAGCCCUGCUUGCUUCCCUGUAGAAAGGAUUGUAUUGUGACCCCAUAUAGUGACUGGACACCAUGUCCCUCUUCAUGCAGAGAAGGGAACUCUGGAACCAGAAAGCAGUCUCGACAUCGGGUCAUCAUUCAGCUGCCAGCCAACGGAGGCCGGGACUGCUCAGACCCUUUAUAUGAAGAGAAGGUUUGUGAGGCACCUCCCACGUGUCACAGCUACAGGUGGAAGACUCACAAAUGGCGCAGGUGCCAGUUAGUUCCUUGGAGCAUUCAACAGGAUGUCCCUGGAGCUCAGGAAGGCUGCGGGCCUGGACGGCAGGCAAGAGCCAUUACUUGUCGAAAACAAGAUGGAGGACAGGCUAGCAUCCAGGAGUGCCUCCAGCAUGCAGGCCCUGUGCCAGCCCUAACCCAGGCAUGCCAGAUCCCUUGCCAAGAUGACUGUCAAUUUACCAGCUGGUCCAAGUUUUCCUCAUGCAAUGGAGACUGCGGUGCAGUUAGGACCAGAAAGCGUGCUAUUGUUGGGAAAAGUAAAAAGAAGGAAAAAUGUAAAAACUCCCACUUGUACCCUCUGAUUGAAACUCAGUAUUGUCCUUGUGACAAGUACAAUGCGCAGCCUGUAGGAAACUGGUCGGACUGUAUUUUACCGGAAGGGAAGGCUGAAGUGCUGUUGGGAAUGAAGGUACAAGGAGACAGCAAGGAAUGUGGACAAGGAUACCGUUACCAAGCAAUGGCGUGCUAUGAUCAAAAUGGAAGACUUGUGGAAACAUCGCGAUGCAACAGCCACGGUUACAUAGAAGAAGCCUGCAUAAUACCCUGCCCCUCAGACUGCAAGCUCAGCGAGUGGUCCAACUGGUCCCGCUGCAGCAAAUCCUGUGGGAGCGGCGUGAAGGUCCGGUCCAAGUGGCUGCGAGAAAAGCCUUAUAAUGGGGGAAGACCUUGCCCCAAACUGGAUCAUGUCAACCAGGCACAGGUGUAUGAGGUCGUCCCGUGCCACAGUGACUGCAAUCAGUACAUAUGGGUUACAGAGCCGUGGAGCGUCUGCAAGGUGACCUUUGUGAACAUGCGCGAGAACUGUGGAGAGGGUGUGCAGACCCGCAAAGUGAGAUGCAUGCAGAAUACAGCAGACGGCCCUUCUGAACAUGUGGAGGAUUACCUAUGCGACCCGGAAGAUAUGCCCCUGGGCUCUAGAGAAUGUAAACUCCCAUGCCCUGAAGACUGUGUGAUAUCUGAGUGGGGACCAUGGACCCAGUGUGCCUUGCCUUGCAAUCCAAGUGGUUCCCGGCAAAGGUCAGCGGAGCCUAUCAGACAGCCUGCUGAUGAAGGAAGAGUCUGCCCUGAUGCCGUGGAGAAGGAGCCCUGUAAUCUGAACAAAAACUGCUACCACUAUGACUACAAUGUCACAGACUGGAGUACAUGUCAGCUGAGUGAAAAGGCGGUUUGUGGAAAUGGCAUUAAAACGAGGAUGCUGGACUGUGUUCGAAGUGAUGGCAAGUCCGUUGACCUGAAAUAUUGUGAAGAGCUUGGCCUGGAGAAGAACUGGCAAAUGAACACAUCCUGCAUGGUGGAAUGCCCUUUGAACUGUCAGCUUUCAGAUUGGUCGCCUUGGUCAGAAUGUUCUCAAACAUGCGGACUCACAGGAAAAAUGAUUAGAAGACGAACAGUGACCCAGCCCUUUCAAGGUGAUGGGAGACCUUGCCCUUCCCUGAUGGAACAGUCCAAGCCUUGCCCAGUGAAACCAUGCUAUUGUUGGCAGUAUGGCCAGUGGUCUCCAUGCCAAGUUCAGGACGCCCAGUGUGGAGAAGGAACCAGGACACGGAAUAUUUCUUGUGUGGUGACUGAUGGCUCAACUGAUGAUUUCAGCAAAGUAGUGGAUGAAGAAUUCUGCGCUGACAUUGAGCUCAUCAUAGAUGGUAAUAAGCAGAUAGUUCUGGAGGAAACGUGCACCCAGCCCUGUCCAGGCGACUGCUAUUUGAAUGACUGGUCUUCGUGGAGUCUGUGUCAGCUGACCUGUGUAAAUGGGGAGGAUCUUGGUUUUGGUGGAAUACAGGUCCGAUCCAGAGCCGUGAUUAUACAGGAACUGGAAAAUCAACAUCUGUGCCCAGAGCAGAUGUUAGAAACCAAGUCAUGUGAUGAUGGACAGUGUUACGAGUAUAAGUGGAUGGCGAGCGCUUGGAAGGGCUCCUCUCGCACAGUCUGGUGUCAGAGGUCAGAUGGCGUAAACGUAACAGGGGGCUGCUUGGUGGUGAGCCAGCCUGAUGCCGACAGGUCUUGUAACCCACCCUGUAGUCAACCCCACUCAUACUGUAGUGAGAUGAAGGCGUGUCGCUGUGAAGAAGGGUACACCGAAGUCAUGUCCUCCAACAGCACCCUCGAGCAAUGUACGCUUAUCCCAGUGGUAGUGAUUCCCACUGUGGAGGACAAAAGAGGCGAUGUGAAAACCAGCCGGGCAGUUCACCCAACCCAACCCUCCACUAACCCAACAGGACGGGGCAGGACCUGGUUUCUACAGCCAUUUGGGCCAGAUGGGAGACUGAAGACCUGGGUUUACGGUGUUGCAGCAGGGGCAUUUGUGCUGUUCGUCUUUGUCGUCUCCAUGAUUUAUCUAGCUUGCAAAAAGCCAAAGAAACCCCAAAGACGACAAAACAACCGCCUCAAACCUUUAACCUUAGCGUAUGACGGAGACGCUGACAUGUAGCACCGAGUCUUCCUGGAAACAAACAGGCUUGGCCUUUUGCCUUUGCAGUAGCCAUCCAGGGGCCACAGUAUAAGUAUUCAAAUGUGUGGAUUAUAAUUAACGUUAACUGUUAUGAACACCAUCAUUAAGGGGGAAAAAAAGAGAAAACUCUACUCCCGCUGGGAAUAUUCAAGACAAAACCACUGACAUACAGAGAGCCAACCUUGAGAAUCCUAAGAGAUGCAGUGGAAUGCAUGUUGUGUCUUGAGAGUUUUGUAUCAUCUUUUCUGAAAUCUACCGAUUGAAGAAAGAGACACUUAGAUCUCUGAAAAUCAGUGAGGAAAUUGGUCAAGUAGGAAGCCACAUGCAAGACUGCUUGCAACACUAACCCACAAAACUUUCUAGCAUGAACAGUUCAUAAUGAAGGCUUUACAGUUCUACACUUAAGCAUAACAUGUAUAUUUGAUCAAAUGAGUUACAUUAUGAUGUCAUCUUAUAUACUUGUUAAUAACCAACCUUUAACAGUGAAGACGACGUAAGUCCUAUGCUAGAGGGAAAAUACAUUGAACAAUAUAGCAUCUUCACGGUUGAUGGUGGCUUUUAUUGGCCUGCAUUUCAGAAACAAACUCUUUUAAAAGACUAUUCUUGUCUCUCUCCAAUGUGUGAAUGCUGGACAUGUACUAGUAUGUUAGAAGACAGAAUCCUCAAGUUCGGGAUUUUAUAGUGGUUAUUGUCUAGAAAAGAAAUAAGCUUGUAUUAAUACAUUUCUACUUUCCCUAAUUUCACACUGGUUGCCUACAUCUUUUCUGCUGUAUGGAAGGCACAUUUCGCACUAUAUUAGUGCAGCAUGAUAGGCACUUAACCAGUAUUGCCAUAGAAACUGCCUCUUUUCACAUGGGAUAAAGAUAUCUGUGCCAAGAGUGCUGUGGAGACCUUUGCAAGAGUUUGUACUUUGAAGAGAGUUAGUUCAGUCUUGACGGUAACAGGAUUGAAUCUGCUAUGACACCUGCCGUCCACACUCUUCCUUCUUACUACAGCCAUUAUGAAAUUGACAACACAGGAAGAAUUCAAGUGUUGAAAUCCCUAACACACCAACCUCCCAAAGGGGGAACCCCCUGGUUGGUUUACAG